GGUAUUAACAGAUGUGUGGUAUUGGAGGAGGAGAGGCCAAGAAAUUGGGGGAAAGCGAAUUUUAAGACCCUUAAUACUGGCUCAUUAGUUUACCUUGUGGUAAAAGGGGGUCGAGAAAGAUGGAUAUUGGGCUCUGUCGCUGUAGCGUGGAAUUUAAGGAACCUCAGAGGUGGAACAUGGCAUCUUUUUUAGUUGGGGUGCCUAUUACACUUUUGGAACUUUCUAAACAUUAGGGGAUAGGAAGUAAUGUGGCGUCUGCCCCUGAGAAUUUAGCAAGCAGUUUCGUGCAGUGGUCUCAAAGCGGGGUGUCGAAGAAAGUGCAUGUAGAGAAAGAGAUGGGAUUUAUGAGCUGUCCUACACGGUGGGGGGAAAGGUAUGCUUUCCUUGCGUUGACACAGAUGCCUGCAGCCUCUGUAAAUCACCUGCAGCAGCUAAGGAAACCUAAGGGAAAAGUGAGGGUCCUACAGUGGAGCCCUAAUUCUUUGAUAUUGUGACAUAGUUUAGGUGUUCUGGUGAAGUGGAUUUGUGGUUUCUAGAAUCUAUUUAGAAUCUUUAUAUUGUUUUAUAAAAGAAUGAAGAUCUUGCCCAGCCGGGUGUAGCUCAGCGGUUGAGCAUCGACCCAGGAAUCAAGAGGUCACCCGUUCGAUUCCUGGAGUGACGGGAAGCAAUGCAGAAAUCAGAGGGCCAUGGAGACACACAGUUGAGAAACAGAGUGACAGGUAAUGAUGACCAAAGGACAUCCUCAAGUCCACAGAGAAAGCCUAGGACUACAGUUCAACGAAGCAAAUCCUCAUCCUCAUCGUCUGCCAGUUCUCCAGAUGCUGCGAUAAAAGUCCAUCCUCGACCAAGUGAUAAACUUAACCCUAAAACGAUUAACCCGUUUGGUGAACAGUCACGAGCCCCUUCUGCAUUUGCAGCUGUUUAUUCUAAAGGUGGUAUUCCUUGCAGGUUGGUCCAUGGUUCAGUAAAACACAGAUUACAGUGGGACUCUCCUCCUGAAAAUCUUUCCUUUGAUCCUCUUCUUAUUACUUUAGCUGAGGGUCUGAGAGAGACUAAACAUCCAUACACCUUUGUUUCAAAGGAGGGUUUUAGAGAAUUACUCUUGGUUCGCGAUGCUCCUGAAAAAGCUGUGCCUUUGCUUCCUAGACUGAGUCCUGUGCUAAAGGCAGCUCUGGCCCAUUCGGAUGAUGAAGUGUUUGAAAGAGGAUUGAAUGCUCUGGUGCAGUUGAGUGUCGUCGUGGGUCCUUCUCUAAAUGACCACCUGAAACAUCUGCUUACCAGUCUAUUCAAGAGACUAAGGGACAAGAGGUUCAAAGAGCCGAUCACGAAUGCAUUGCAGAAGCUGGAGCAGCAUGGUGGAAGUGGAAGCCUUAUCAUCAUCAAAGCUAAAAUUCCAACAUACUGCUCCAUAUGUUGUUGAAGAAGGGAGCAACAGAUCUUACUGCCUGGUGACAGGUGUUACACGCUGGCCGUGGGUACCUGUGGGGCCGUCUCAGUUCACUGCAGGCUCUUCUUUUGUAAAUCACAGCCAUCAUUCAUCAUUUACUAUUUUCAGAUGAAUAUGCACAAUUCCACUGAAUCACAGCGUCGUCCUGGGUGUUGAUGUGGUAGAAGCUGACUCUGGAUCAUCUACGAGAGGAAGGAGUAGAACAGAAAUAGAUAACGAGAGGAAGACCUUCCACCUCCAGGGCAAGAAGGGAGCCCAUAGAAACGGGUCGUCGCACCAAAUCCAAGGGACAUGAGGGGUCACUCUUACAUAGGGGCGGCGGCGAUGUCAUAUUCCAGAAGCAUCAGAGGAAACCAAUACCUGGAGUGACCUCUUUGCGUCUCACUUUAGUCUCCAGCUGUAACUGAAAAGGAUGCAAAUAAUUUCUGAAGCAUCAUAGUUGCAGAAGUGCUCAUCUUCCUAUCUUUUGUGCUUCCUGGGUCCCUGCCUGGUACACUCUUCUCUCGGGUCUCACUUGUCACGUCCUCAGGUCAUAUUAGCUACAACGUCUGCCUGCCCUGGUCUCACUCUAACUCUCCCUCAUUGCACUCAGCGCCAUCCAAGCUAAAGAUACCUGCAAUAUAGAAAAUACCAUAAGCAAAAAUAUUGUUAUUCUAGUAAUUAUAAAAUUUGUUGGAAUAAAGACCUUUGAGAUACAGUA